AAUCCACGAUGGAAGUUAACGGUUUUCAUAGCGAUACUUAUAUAGACAAGAAGACAGUUGUCACUGAUCGUCUGCAGAAACGAGAAAUAGAACGACAGGAGGAUAUCCAGAGACGUAAGGAUGAAAAGGAUAACUCCACUAACGCCAAGGAAAGCACCCAGUACUUCUCCGAUAAUUUCAAUAUUCAGAGAGAAUCUGUGGAGAGAGCCUUAGCAACAUGUAACGGGAAUUGUUCCGACAAGAUCAUAUUGCGGGAGCGGUUUGAUUUCGUUGCUCAAUCCUACCAGAAGCUGCAGAAGUUCGUUGCCGACUCUGUCAUGUUUCUACCUUCCUACGAUUUAAGGCAGGCACAGGAAGCACUGGGCAAGAUGCAGGGUCAAAUCCAAGAAAAAAGGGAUCAGUUACUCCCGAAGAAGAAGUUCGCGUUCAGUUCAAGGAAGAAAGUUGACAAGGACCCCCAGGUUAUGACUAAUGGUGCUCAUAAAAUGAUAGAAAAGUCUGACAAUCUAGGCAUUGAACUUGCCGGGUGUAAGGUUGUCGGACUCCAAGGGGUAACUCUAGUUAAAGAUAGCGGCGACAUUACUUGUAAAGAUGUAGCUGUGACCAACCUCAAUGAUUGUACACUGAAGCUUUUUGGAGCACCAUCUACAGUGCAUAUGAAAAAUCUGAAGAAUUGCACGGUUUUAUGUGGACCAGUUUCAAGUUCAGUUUUCAUCAGUGACUGUGAGGACUGUGUUUUCGUUCUAUCUUGUCAACAGCUAAGAACCCACACUACAAAGGAUUCCAGUGUGUACCUUCAUGUUACCAGCAGGGCCAUCAUAGAAGACUGUAAAAACUUGGACUUCGCACCAUACAGUCUCAGUUACCCAGGUCAAAAUGAACAUUUUGACAAAUCUGGACUAGACAUAAACCGAAACAACUGGAAUGAUGUUGAUGACUUUAACUGGCUGGCCAGCGAUGUUCGCUCGCCUAACUGGGCCAUCAUGGAAGAGGAAAAGAGGAAGAAAUUCCUGGAGGAAUAAGACAUCAGCAACAAAGUAAACACCUACAUGCUGGUGUAUGGAAAAACUGUGCUGUUUAGCAUCAGUAUUGACUUGAGGUAUAUCCAGAAUACAUAUGUUUUAACAUUUUGAAUAUAUUUCGUAAUGCAGACAUUUAAACAUUUUGUGUUUAAAUUGAUCAAAACACAUUAAAAGAUGUGUGUGGGAUUUUUUUCUUGAGUGCUUGAAGAGGUUUCAUCACUGCUGACCAUAAGAUAUCUUGUAGGUAUAUGAAAUAAGACAAGAUGAAAAAUGUUAAAGAGUAAAGACUUUAGGCAACAUUUUCUAUCGAUUAUUUAGAUAUGAUAUACAGAUCAACAUUGUGAAUCUCUGUAAUAUUUUGUGUUUUACUCAAGUCAAACAUCAACUUUGAGCACUGUUCGGUCCUAAAGAUAAAAUGGAUUAUAAUAACAAAUAAAAAUGUUUUAAUUAUCUUCUUCUGUUCAAUAAGACAUGGGGUCAUGUUUGCCAGGGGUACUUUUCCUUUGAGGGGUACGUGCUAUAAUGUUCCUGUAAUAAACGCUCUUGAUCAUAGAUCAUAGACCCCCAUCAUAUAUAUAUAUAUAUGGAAACCAAAAAUCAUCAACAAGGCAAAAUAAGUUAGCAGUUAUCAACUAUAUUUGUCUCGUUGAUGAUUUUGUAGUCUGCAUAUAUCUAAAGAUGCACAAAGUUCUCAUUAGAUUUAACUUUAUACAAAUAUAUUGUAUGUAUAUGUGUGUUGUCUGUAUUGUGCAUUAAGAAAAAACGCAAGCAUGCUACAAGGAUUUUCCUUGGAAUCUUGCCCCCACCCCUGAGAGCUUUGAAGUACUACUUUUAAUGGAAAAGGUUUACCAUAAGUGCUUGAGUGAUACAGGCCAUCUAGGCCUCUUGUCUAUCUUAUUGUUUAAAUUUGUUAAUUGAAUAGCUAUGUAAUCUUGAUCAUUGAAACAUGAAAAUGAUAUUUGAGAGGAAACGUAAUUAACUUCCAAAACAUUCGCAUAAGUUCUCUAUUUCCCAAUGUAUGUAAGUGUAAAAUAUAUAUAGCCCUAUUCGAGUGAUUCAUAGCCAGUCACACUUGGGUGACCACCUCACCUUUAUGUAUACUGGCCUAUGAAUGGAGGAUAAUUUGCUUUCCAGGUACAUAAUUUUCAAGAACUGGAUAUAGGUAGUGGAUGUCAGACAAGUGAUGAAGGAUUUAUUAUUUAUAUUUACAAUCAGGAUUUUUUUUUACACUGUUAAGUAAGAUGAUAUGAAAAUGAGAAUCACCAAGUUUGACAGUUAAAACUUAAAGGUUAAAAUAUGGUGCGAUCUGACAUAUCUGGUUGUUAUCAAUUUACCUCUCCAAAUUCAUCAGCAGGAAUGUAUGAUAUGGAGGAGGUUGCUUUGUCUUAUGGAUAACUAGUUGUUUCUAUUAUGUUUAUAUUCAUUGCAUACUUUAAAUUAUGAAAAAAAAAAA